GCGUACCACAUACUUGAAAUUGUACAAAUUUCCCCUCCCGCCUCCUUUGUUUGUCUGUGCUUGAAACCCUACAUUUUGCAAUUCCCCCGCCAUCAUGAAGCUUGUUAGGUUUUUGAUGAAGCUCAACAAUGAGACAGUCUCAAUCGAGCUGAAAAAUGGAACCGUUGUCCAUGGCACCAUCACAGGUGUGGAUAUCAGCAUGAAUACACAUUUAAAGGCUGUGAAGCUUACUCUAAAGGGGAAAAAUCCAGUUACCAUGGAUCAUUUAAGUGUGAGGGGAAACAACAUCAGAUAUUAUAUUCUACCUGACAGCUUGAAUCUUGAGACUUUACUUGUUGAAGAGACACCCAGGGUCAAGCCCAAGAAACCAACUGCAGGGAAGCCUUUGGGGCGAGGGCGAGGACGAGGCCGUGGGCGUGGUCGUGGUCGUGGACGCUAGAUUUGUUACAGUUUCAAAUUUUGAUCUCCAUAGUGUAAACACUUGUAUCUUAGGGAAAGUUUGUGAAUUUAGUGACGUGAAGAUGUGGUGUAGCAAUUCACUGUCCGAUCUCAUAUGUUUAUUACAAUGCUAUUCAGUUGUUUUUCCUGUGAUCGAUGUAGCUUUGCUAUGUGGCUGGGAUCUGCCCCUGUUAAUGAUUUACUCUAAUAUCAUCAACAAUGAUCAAACUCUUGUAUGUCUUCAAAUUAAUAUUUCGUUUUUUUACUCAA